CACAUAUGCUUGAAUAACCAUAAAGUCACGCUCUCAUUAGUAGUUGAAUAUUACAUGGACGGCAGCUUCUGGCAACUGGUCACAUCCUUUUUCUCUUAUCUCACUCCACUCCGUGCCGUACUGGUAGAACCCUUCUCGCUCUCUAGGACUCGCUUCUGAGUCCUUAUUUCCAUUCAUUACACUCACCGUCUCUCCGUAGUCAUGGCUUGAGAAGGGUUACCCGUGCCGCUGCCAAUGUGAGAGUCGUAAGGGGGAGCAUGACCGAGGCAGGGCCGAGGAGGCACUGGCCGAGAGGAGGACGACUGUGGACUUGAGCAGCUCUUUGAAGACAUUGCCAUUACUACCAGCCAGCAGCCAUGCCUGAGAAUUACGAUGGUCCGUCCAGACCAUCGUUCCUCCAGUGGGUGCGGGGAGUUGUGUGGAGCCUCGUGGAGUACGUGAGGUGGUGCCUCACAUGGCAGCCUCCUGGGACAUCACCAGAUGACACUACCUUCGACAAAUGCAACACUGUGGAGGCGAGGCUGCUGGUGCUCGGGGCUUCCGACACUGGCAAAUCAACGUUCAUGAAGCAAAUGAGAUACGUCUUCGGCGACACCUUUCCUGCCAGUGAGAGGCGAAGACACCUGCCUUACAUUCGCCGAAACCUGCUGGAGAGUGUGCACAAGCUAGUGGUGGCUAUGGACGUCCUCGGCGUGCCUUACUCCACCGCAGCUGCGCAGGACGCCGCACGAAGGUUUGUGGACAUGGCUCCCCUCGAGACAUUCUUCAGCGACGACUCACCUAUGGACCCGACCGUGGUGGAAGAGACGCAGACGCUGUGGGCGGACGAGGGUGUGCAGGAGGUGUUUCGUCGCGGUAAUGAGUACCACCUGAUCACCAACGCCGACCACUUCAUCACCAGUGCUGCCAGGAUCCUCCACUACGAUUACCUCCCCUCCAUCGACGACAUCCUGCGCAUGAGGUACCCAACGCGAUGCUCCGUCACCUCCACCUACGACGUGGGUGAGAUGCGAAUGAUGAUGCAUGACAUGGGUGGAGAGCGGGCAGCCCGCGGAGAAUGGGUGGCGCACUUCCCACGUCCCACUGCUAUCCUCUUCCUGGCUUCUCUUGCCGAGUAUGACCAGCACGUGGAGGAGGCCGAACGGGAGGGUGAGAAAAAGAACAGGGUACAGGAGAGCCUGGAUAUCUUUGAGGCCGUUCUGGAGUACCCGCCCUUCCAUAACUCACCCGUCAUUCUUCUCCUCAACAAGUCAGACAUCUUCAAGAAAAAAAUCAUCUACCACUCCCUCGCACACUACUUCCCCCAGUAUGACGUGACUCAUUCGCCCACUCCUGCAGGCCCCGACGGAGACGAGGACAAGGGGAGGGAGUUCCUGUCUGGGUUGUACGAGAGGUUGGCUGUCAGGCACGGUCGCCAUUACGUGUCACGUUUCACCGAGGCUACCAACACUGAAAACUUCAAUUCCAUCUUCUCAUUCGUGAAAAACAUCGUUAGCAGGAACAUGAUAAGCAGAGGCGGUUUGCUCUAAGUGAACUGUGGAUGCUAAGGUUAUCACUUAUUUUAGUGUUUCCCGAGUAUCUAUAUGUUGUUGGAAUUAUUAUUAUUAUUAUUAUUAUUAUUAUUAUUAUUAUUAUUAUUAUUAUUAUUAUUUAUUAUUAUUAUUAUUUUUUUUUUUUUUAUUUAGCUAUUUUAUUUAGUUGUUUUCUUGCCCAUAAACCCCGUCAGUAUUUAUCCUGCCUAAUGGCGUGAAGGAUUGAUUCAUGACAUUUAAUUUCAUUUCAUUGUUAUUUUGAUCCAUUAAAUAUACCCUGGAGAAAAUUACAUUGAACUUUUUUUAUUUAUCUAUUUAUUUUAUUAUUUUUAAGCUUGAAAAAAAAAAAUGGAAGACAAUAUUAGUGCCAGUUUGAUUUUCUUGAUAGCAUGUCUCACUAAAUCAUAGUUUAGAACACGUGUGUGUGUGUGUGUGUGUGUGUGUGUGUGUGUGUGUAGCGUAUAACAAUAAUAAAUAAUCUGGCAAGACAUAUCACACUAAUGUUACGUUAGAUUUUUACUGAACGCUUCCAGUGUUGCCACCUGCUAUUGUACGCAACAGUAUUUCUUACCCAUUUGUAGUCUGUAAAACAUGAUACAAAUUUCCUUCGGGUAUUAGUAUUCAAUUUCAAAACUAUUUCGGAAGUCCAUAGCAUAUUUAAAGGUGCUUUUAUUUUUAUUUCCAUAUGAGUAAAUAAGUAUAAAAAUGGCUAGGUGGCAACACGAGAGAGAGAGAGAGAGAGAGAGAGAGAGAGAGAGAGAGAGAGAGAGAGAGA